UUUCCAUCCCGUCGACGAGUGCAACGAACAUCAUCCGCCAACGACCGUCGAUACGCCGACAUCAAGAUGUGAGUUUCAUCGCCGACCCCUCAUCGAUGUCCUCCCCGGAGGAGUUAUGUUCUUUUGAUGGAAUUUGAUCCCUUUCCACCCGGAAUUUACCACGCGGGGGGGGACAAUUCUUGCCAGCACGAUAUAUAUUUUUUUCUCUCCUUCGCUCAAGAUACUGACGACUGUGCGUGUGCAGGGUCAACCUUCGCACCCAGAAGCGCCUGGCCGCCUCCGUGGCGGGCUGCGGCAAGCGCAAGAUCUGGCUCGACCCCAAUGAGAUGAACGAGAUCUCCAACGCCAACUCCCGUCAGACCAUCCGCAAGCUCGUCAGCGAUGGCCUCAUCAUCCGCAAGCCCGUGACCAUGCACUCGCGCGCCAGUGCCCGCGAGCUCAACGCCGCCCGCCGCAUCGGCCGUCACCGUGGUCUGGGUAAGCGUAAGGGUACCAAGGACGCCCGUAUGCCCAGCCAGGUCCUCUGGAUGCGCCGCAUGCGUGUUCUCCGUCGUCUGCUCGUCCGCUACCGCGCCGCUGGCAAGAUCGACAAGCACCUGUACCACGAGCUCUACCACCUGAGCAAGGGUAACACCUUCAAGCACAAGCGCGCUCUCGUCGAGCACAUCCAAAAGGCCAAGGCUGAGCGCCACCGUGAGCGUGUCCUCAAGGAGGAGAUGGACGCCAAGCGUGCCAAGAACAAGGCUCUCCGUGAGCGCCGACAGGAGCGUCUCGACGCCAAGCGUAACGCUCUGGUUGAGGAAUAGAUAUCCCCUUUGAUGACCUUUUCGGCGGUGCGGAGGUUGCAACUGGAGGAAAUCGAACGAUCGAUCAGCCAACGGGAAAUCUAAACCAGGUCGAACCAAACCUCUGUUUUUGUUUCAUUUCCAAGUCUGACUCGGUGGCUUGAUUUUCGUCCGGGACCAGCGAUGGUUUGGUUUGGUUUUGUUCCUGUUCCUCUGGACACCCUAGAUCCGACGGGCGCUCGGGAGGAUGACGGAGGACCAGCUUCUUUCUCUUUUUAUUUCCCCUGAUACCGGAGGGGAAAGCUAGGAGGAAGGCGGCUAUGAAGAAAGAAAACAAAAAAUAAAAGGAAAAAAAGAGAGAACCAUUUAUUAAAGCAAAACCAAUGGCAUGGCGCUUUGUGUGAUAUGAAACUUGAUAUCUUUUUCGUCUUCAACCUUCUCUCCAUCCUCUCUCUUUAUUUUCCUAUUCUAUUCUUUGCACAACCAACCAACCAACCAACCAACCCACGUUUAUCUGGUUUCCCUUUCCAGUUCAGCUCAUCUCAUUGUUCAAAAGGAAUCAAGGGACAGGCAAGAAAGCAAAAAAAUGUUCGUGUCAAGUCCUUAAUGUCGUAACGUUACUGAAUAUCAAUCACUUUACGGUUGGUUGGGAAUAUAUUUGUAAUUUGAAUUAUAGCAAUGGUGGGUCAGUACUAUUGAUCAUACUACUUAGGUAUAUGUAUCAUGUAUGCAAUAGACUGG